AUGGCACGUCACGCCUUCGUUACAAGUAACAAUACCUGCUCGGGACCUGUAACCAGUUCUGGCGCACCACUUCGACACAACGGCACUUAUGCGACAACGUUCCAGAUUGCCAAGCGGACGUUUGCGACAACACGAGCAAACCAGAAAUCCCACCAUUUCGAUACUCUCAAGUUUGUCCAAAGACUAAAAGACGAGGGCUUCAACGAGACUCAGGCUGUCGCUAUGAUGCGUGUCCUGAACAGUGUUAUCGAAGAGUCCAUCCAGAAUCUCACAAGAACCAUGGUCCUGAAAGAAGACGCCGAACGAUCCACAUAUACGCAAAAAGUCGAUUUCGCUAAAUUAAGGAGCGAACUCGCCAACGCCGACAGCUCAGAGAUCCAACUCACAAGAAGCAGUCACGAAAGAUUAUCCUCGGAUCUGGCCAAACUCAGCGCAAGAUUAAGAGACGAGAUUGGUCGUACUCAGGCUAGUGUGCGUCUAGACCUGAACCUGGAAAAGGGAAGGAUAAGGGACGAAGCGAACAGCCAAGAUAUGCGGAUCAAAGAGACGGAAGCGAGAAUUGAGCAGGAAGUCGCUAGCCUAAGAGAAAGAGUCGAGGCUGUCAAGUUCUCGACUUUACAGUGGCUGAUGGGUGUCUGCACGGGUACAGCUGCUCUUAUCCUCGGUGCUUGGAGAUUACUUAUGUGA